ACAGUAUGUUAUCUACAUGCCACGCAAGUGGGAGUGGGAUGACAGCGGUGACUGCGGUUACUUCAUUAAUCACAGGGCGCCGCGAUGGCCGUGAUGUGUAGAAGUGGUCCGUGGACGUGAUUACGUAUUCGUUUGGUUCAAAUUAGGGAUCGAUAGAUCUGACUUUAAUGAAAUGUCUUCUUGGUUAGGAGCUUUGGGAUUGACUUCUGGCUUCGUGCUUAGAAAUUUGUUGAGUCAACAAUCAAACCCGAAUAAAGUUUUAGACGUUAAAUCAGAUCAGUAUAGCGACAGAUUUGUUCAGUGUCGUGAAGAUGCACUUGUAUUGUAUGGUCCUGGUAAAGAACAAAAGUCAACAAAGGAAAAAUAUGAAAUUGUUCUUCAGAGGCCUUGUACUGAAACUUUACAUCAAGCUUUCAGUUUGUAUCGUUCAAAUGAGCUUCACGAGGCAGAAGUCAGAUUUUUGCAGCUGAAGGAUAAAGUGCCACUUCUUGUUGGAAUAUCACGAGAGGUUUGUAACUUGGGGGGGAUCCAGAAAUUGUGUGAUGCCUUGCAAGAAAACCCAACCUGGACAGUGGCACAUUUGGCUGCAUUGUUUGCACUUCAGGACACCUUUCAACAUCCUGUUGUCCUGAGCUACCUCAAUUUGCCAGAUCUGAAUGCAGGCAUUUCUCCCCUCCAAGUGGCCAUUAAGAUGGGAAAUUUGCGAACUGUUCAGACCCUUUUGAAUGCCAAAGCCUCACUGGAGCAUCUUGAUAAUCAGGCCAAUUCUGUAUUUCAUUAUGCUGCCAACACGACCAAGGAGAUCAUUUUGGCACUGAGUACAGAGUCCACUAAAUGCCUGAACUAUCGGAAUGCAGAUGGGCACACACCACUCCAUAUGGCAUGCCUGGCAGACAAGCCAGAAUGUGUUAAGGCUCUCUUGGUUGCUGGAGCAGAUGUGAAUAUUUCUGCCUCUCAAGCCAGUGUAAAUUCUUCCACAUUGGCUGCAGCACCUCCGGGAUGUGUAGGAGAUUUCCUGCAUGAGAAUCCGAACAAAUUACACGCUCAGGAUAUGAAAUUUGGUGGGACUCCUCUCCAUUGGUCAUGCUCAAGAGAGGUCAUUGAAACACUCGUAAAUAUGGGUUGUGAUAUAAAUUCACGCAACUUUGAUGGACGUACAGCUCUUCACAUCAUGGUAUUGAGGAAGCGUUUGGAGUGUGUUGUGGCACUCCUGAGUCGUGAUGCUGAUGUCAACAUUGGUGAUAAUGAUGGCAAUACCCCGCUCCAUCUGGCAGUCACAGAAGGCAGUUAUGCCAUUGUGCAGGCCCUUGUAGUGUUCGGAGCAGAUUUGACUUAUGAGAACAAUAUGGGAGCAACUCCUCGUCAUGGCAUAGCGCCUGAAUCUGGUGGUGAUAAGAUUCUAUAUGUCUUGCAUUCUGUUGGAGCACCACGAUGUUCACUUAACAUGCAGGGCUGCAACCGAGGAUGUGAGGGUUCCUCAUUUGAUUACAAUGGUGUACCUCCAGCAACUCCACCUUCUUCAGAAUCACGGGAGAUCUUGAACCAAAUGCUGUCAGUUGCAGGCAUGGAUGUUGCAGCCAAUCGAGUUAUGGCUGCAGAUAAAGGUAGCAGAGGGGGACGCCUGCUCUGUCUAGAUGGAGGUGGCAUACGAGGACUGGUGUUGGUUGUGAUUCUGCUGGAGCUGGAAAAGGCAGUGGGAUUCCCAGUGAUUCAGUGUUUUGAUUGGAUGGCAGGUACCAGCACUGGCGGAAUUCUGGCCUUGGGACUUGCUGCAGGUAAAAGCCUUAAGGAGUGUUUGUGCCUAUAUUUCCGAAUGAAGGAACAUGCCUUUGUGGGUGGACGACCUUAUAACAGUGAGCCAUUGGAGAAUAUUCUGAAAGAGGCCCUUGGGACACAUACUGUGAUGUCUGAUAUACAAUAUCCUAAGGUCAUCAUCACAGGGGUUUUGGCAGACCGCAAGCCCGUGGCCCUCCACAUGUUCCGGAACUACCCUUCACCCAGCAGAGUGAUUGGUUUGGAAGAGGUGGGACUGUUUAAGCCCACGCUUAGCCCAGAAGAGCAGUUGCUGUGGCGUGCAGCUCGUGCCACUGGUGCAGCCCCUUCUUAUUUCAGGGCCUUUGGACGUUUCCUAGAUGGAGGUCUCAUAGCAAACAACCCAACACUGGAUGCUAUGACUGAGAUCCAUGAAUAUAACCUUGCUCUCCAAGCAGUUGGCAGAACUUCUGAGGUGAAACCUCUUACUAUAGUAGUCUCACUAGGAACAGGCCUGGUUCCUGUAACACAGCAGAAGGAGAUUGAUGUGUUUCGUCCAGAGAGCCUGUGGGAUACAGCUCGACUAGCUGUUGGUGUGUCAGCCCUUGGAGCCCUCUUGGUUGAUCAGGCCACAGCAAGUGAUGGACGAGUUGUACAUCGUGCGAGGGCUUGGUGUUCCAUGACUGGUGUGCCAUAUUAUCGCUUCACUCCACAGUUGUCAGAAGAUAUAUCAAUGGAUGAAAAAAAUGAUGAAAAACUAGUGAAUAUGCUGUGGGAGACAAAAGCAUAUAUACAUUCUAAUUACAGCAUGGUUAGAGAAGCAGCAUUUCUUCUUAGUAAUGAACAGCAACAUAGGUAACCUCUCUAGUCAAAUAUUUGUGUUUUAUGGUUUGGAGAUUGAACCUUGACACUAUAUAGUCUUGAUACUGAUAGUGUUAUAAAAUAGCCAAAAAGAAAAACUCACAACCAAUGUAAUUAUGUGGAUUUUGUACAUAUCUGAAAAUUACAUAUGUAAACAGGAUUCUAAAUUGUGCUGUAAAUUGCCCCCAGUUUAUUCAAUCACUGUGGAAUACAUCAGGGUUACGUGAUGUGUUAAAUAUUAACUCAUGUGGCACACUUGUAAUUUUCUUUUGUCAGUCAAGCCUUUAAAGUACUGUAUACUGCUUUAUAGAUUGUGAUGUUUUAUACAACUUUCUUUGCAGGCUCAAUUAUCUGUGAUAUUGUUCCCUUGCCACUUAAGUCAGAUUUAAAUUAAGUGUCAUAAUUUAUGCAGCUGUUCCUCAGUUUAUCUCUGAGCGAUCAAUCUUUAGCUGUGCCAUCACUUGAAACAAACUAACUUCGCCAACAAGCGGUGGUUGCUCAGGUGGUAUAGUUUGCUGGCGGACUAUAGGCCAUGGAGUUUUUUGUUUUUUGUUCCUCACUUUAUAAAUUGUCAUUGUUGCUGUUGGUGGUAAACGUUAAAAACAUGAACAAGGUUAUUCUUUGUGUAGUAAGUGGAAAUAAAUAGUACAUGAUUAAACAUAAAGCUUCAUCUUGUGUCUUAUAAAUAUCUUAAAUCAGUUUCGUAGUUUAUGUCAAGAUAUAGUACAUGUAAGUUUCUAAAGCAGUCUCAGCAACUGAUUCCCAUUCUAAGUUUUUUUUUUUAACAGAAAUUUUAUUAGAACUUGAUGUUGUUUUUACUGGAAAUAAUUUUACUUAUAAGUAUCUUACGAUUUUUGUGGUCUAAUGAAACAUUAUAUGAACACUGAAAAUUGUAAUGUAUAUGAAGAAAAUGAAAGGAUAUAAGUGAAGAUUUUAAUUAUUUACAAUGGAAUUUGUUGCAUGGAUCUUACAUAAAUUUUGAGGUUUUCAGACAAGUGAUUAUUUAGAUUACAGUCUUCUAGGUUGUGACACCAUGUAUCUUAGAGGUAUCUAGGCAGCUUUCAAGGAAGUAGGUCACUGUUGCUGAGACCCAAGAAAGGGGGUGAAGAUAUGGGGCAGGGACGUGACUGGAUUGGAAAGAAAAUGCUUAAUACUAAACCAGAAGGAAAUGGGAGAGUGGGAAGACCAAGAUUAAGAUGGGAAGAAUGUGUGUG